AUGACAGCCGGGACAGUCGUAAUAACAGGCGGAAUCUUAGCGACUGUAAUCUUACUAUGCAUCAUCGCAGUACUGUGCUACUGUAGGCUACAGUACUACUGCUGUAAGAAGGAGGAGUCAGAGUCGGAGGAGGAGGAGCCGGACUUCGCGGUGACGUCCCGCCUCCCGCCGGUGCACUCCAAUCACAACCUGCUGGCGGCCUCCGCAGCCUCCACCACGGCCAAUCAGGGCCUGGGAGGGGUGGGAGUGGGUGGCGGCCUGGCCACGGCCACAGCCAAUGGGCCGGCGGCACUCUUCACGCCCCCCGUGACGCGCAAGCUGACGCGCUCGCACACCUUCUGCCCCUCCUGCACGUCGCGGCACGAGCUGCCCUUCUACCUCCAGCCACCAGAGGGCCCCCUCCCGCUACGCAAUGGCGGACAGAGACUACAGUACCGACCAGUACAGCAGCACGACCUGCACGUGCCAAUGGAGAUGCCGAUGGAGCUUCCGCUGCCCCUCCCCCUCACCCACCAGGCCUCGCUACACCAGCCCCUCCUCCAGCACCAGGCCUCGCUACACCACCUCCACCCCCACCCUCUUCACCCCGUCAUGCCCACUUCCACCAAGAUGAACCUCACGCGCUCCGUCACCAUGAGGGAGAUGUUCACACGCAGCUGCAGCAUCAGCACCGACGUCUAG